AUAUCUCCCUCUUCACACUGUCAUGUGACAUGGUGUGUAAGAUAUAAAAGGCAGGCGAACAGUAAGGAUAUUUACAAUUCACCGGAUCAACCAGCAAGGACAUAGAUCACCGACUAGCUGCCUGCAACACGCCCCGAGUAGUCUCACCAUUGCAGUCACCACUUUCACCUGAGGAAAGACAAGAGGCCGCGAGUUCUCACUCCACAAGACCAACAUGACAACAACACAUCAGUUAAUGGCCGCCGCCUUCUGCCUGUGCGGGCUUUGGUUUCUUUUCCACUUCGACCCCGUCAACAGCAUAAUAUGCAAGAAGUGUAAUAACACUGAUGCCAACUGCAACUCCGGAGAAGUGGCAGAUGCCGAGUGUGAGCCCUCGAUGCCUUACUGCAUAACUAGUAAAAUUUUUCGUUCAGACGGACGCAUCACAGCCACUCGUUCCUGCAGCAAGGCGUCAUUUGUUACCUGUAUAAAAGCGUCCCAACUAGCGCAGGUGUGCGCUUGGACCUGCAAAACGGACCGCUGUAACAACAAAGACAACGACCUAGCAUAAAAGGACUGCAUUUGCCGACGACACUUUGUCAGAAACUGCCAGUGACACCAAAAGUAUUAUAUUUACUUUACACGUAUUAUAAAAGAAGCUAUUCAACAAAUUCUACUACUUUUAAAUCAAAUUUUAUCCAAAUUACACAAACGAUAAAUCGUUUAUUCCACUUGAAAGUCGUCUUCUCUUUCUAUUGUUUCCUGCUAACCUCCCCGAAUGCAAGUUAAGCAGACAUUCCUGCCAUUGAAGGCUUUAAAAAUGUUUUUGUCGGUUUCUCUUAAAUACAUGGCGACAUCUGACAUGAAACUGUGCAAAUUUUGUUCAGAAAACUGAAGAAAAACAGUUGUAAAUCUCA